UUGGUGAAGGGUGGGGGGAAGAGAAAAAAUGUUAAAGUUGAUGCUGGCUUGCUGCAAGGUUUACAUAUCUGAAAGCCGAAACAGGGCAGCAUUGGAGUCAAUUGAACGAGCUGCUACAUUAUUCCCAGGAGCUGCCAUUAUCAAUAAAUUUGAAGAUGAGACUUACAAUAGAGUUGGUUACACCGUUGUCUCAAAGUUGGAUCCAAAGCCAUCAUCAGACGCGUGUUCGUUGAAAAGUGCCGUGUUUGCCAUGGUGAAAGCGGCUUUGGAAGCCAUUGACCUGGAGUUACACUGUGGAAGCCAUCCUCGGCUUGGUGUUGUGGACCACAUCUGUCUUCACCCUUUAGCUAGCACUUCUUUGGACCAGGUUGCUGGGAGUGCACAAUCUCUGGCUGCUGAUAUUGGCUCAAACCUUCAAGAUGAAGAGGGAAGGUCGCUCGAUGCCAUGAGAAGGGAGCUGGGAUAUUUCAAGCCCAAUUUCAGUGGAAAUCAGUGGGCAGGUGGGCCAAAAUCCAAAUUUUUGCCCCUAAAACCAGAUAAAGGUCCAGCUCAUGCAGUUCAAGCAAAAGGUGUUGUUGUAAUUGGAGCAACCCGAUGGGUUGAUAACUACAACAUCCCAAUCUUCUCUACUGAUUUUGCUACUGUUCGUCAAAUUGCUAAGAGGGUAAGUGGGAGAGGAGGCGGACUUCCAUCAGUGCAAUCCAUGGCACUUGCUCAUGGUGAAAGUGUCAUUGAGGUAGCUUGUAACUUGUUGGAUCCGAACAGAGUUGGUGGUGAACUAGUUCAGCUUGAAGUGGAGCGGCUUGCUGGGGAAGAAGGCUUGGUUGUGGGGAAGGGAUAUUACACAGAUCUUUCACAGGAAAAAAUAAUAGAAAGGUACUUAAAGUUGGGUUAUCAGGGUGGGUAGGAAAACUGGACAAGCUACUAGGUUUAGCUUUGUAAUUCUAGUUAUUGUACUUAUAGAAUAAGACAUGGCUGUUUUCAUGCGUUAAUCAUCAGCUGAAGGGUAUUUUUCCAUUAGUCAGGCCUGUUCAUACAACUAGAUGCAGGAUUGAUGCUUCUAAUUUCG